CGGCGGGGGUGCGCGCGCGCGCGCGGCAGCGGCUCCACUUCUCUCCGGGCAGCGGGGGCAGGAGCGGCGGCGGCGGCGGCGGCGGGAGGAGCGGCGGCAGCAGCGGCCGUGGCUGCUGCUCGGCGGAGACGGGGAAGCGGAGAGGAAGCGGAGAGCGAGGAGCGCGGGGGAGCGGGCUCAUGACUCAGUGAGCGGCUGCAGCCCCUUUCCAGCCCCGCGCCCGGCCGGAGUCGGGGCGACCGCGACGGAUUGUCCCGCAGCCUGUGCCCGGCACCAGCGAGAGAGAGACCUGCGCUCGCCCGCAGUGCAGCAUCUGCCAUGUCUACAGAGGGGCAGAGAGUGGAUGAUAGUCCAAGCACUAGUGGAGGCAGCUCUGAUGGAGAUCAGCGUGAGGGUGCUCAGCAGGAACAAGAAAGGGAGCAAGUUCAACCCAAGAAAAAAGAGGGGAAAAUAUCAAGCAAAACAGCUGCUAAAUUGUCAACUAGUGCUAAAAGAAUUCAGAAAGAACUUGCAGAAAUUACAUUAGACCCUCCUCCGAACUGUAGUGCUGGACCCAAAGGAGACAACAUUUAUGAAUGGAGGUCAACUAUACUGGGGCCUCCAGGGUCUGUAUAUGAAGGUGGAGUUUUCUUCCUUGACAUAACCUUUUCACCGGACUAUCCUUUUAAACCACCCAAGGUGACGUUCCGGACAAGGAUCUACCACUGUAACAUUAACAGCCAAGGCGUCAUCUGCCUGGACAUUCUAAAGGACAACUGGAGUCCUGCAUUAACCAUUUCUAAAGUUCUCCUCUCCAUCUGCUCCCUCCUCACAGACUGUAACCCAGCUGACCCCCUGGUUGGAAGCAUUGCCACUCAGUACAUGACUAACAGAGCAGAGCACGACAGAAUGGCCAGACAGUGGACCAAGCGAUACGCCACAUAGGAACCUCCUCUAGGAUUUGCUGGACCUGUGCAAGCACAUUCACUAAGUGCAUCAAUAGCCCUUCCCUUCAUUCUUAUUUUUUAUUAAAUUUUGAACCAUUUUGUGACAAAAGGUUGUCCUUACUUCCUUUUUUGUUUCAUUUCGGUUGAUUUUUAUUUUUAUUGUUCUGGGUUUGUUUUUUUGUUUUUUGUUUGUUUUUGGUUUUUUUUUUUUUUUGUUCUGUUAACUUGAAAGUUGUUUCCCUCAAAUGUAGACAGGGAAUUUUGGUUAUCAGUGCAAAGAAUGUUGGAUCUGUAAUAGUAUAGAGCUUUAUCAGAAAGCUUUGUAUUAAUGUGUGGGGUUGGCUUUUUUUGUUUUUUUUUCUUUCAUGUGGUUUUGGGGAAAACAAACAAAUUCAGAAUUAUAUCUCAUUUCUACUUAAAUGUAGUGUUUAGGGUUAUUUUUUUGUACUGAAGUCUUUAAUGGUGGGUGCAUGCUACUGGGAACAAGUUUUGUAUAAAAGCUUAAAAUCAAGAAUCACUGUGCAUUACUAAGACUGUGUUUAUCACUAGCCUUCUGUUUCCCACACAAAAGGCUAUUGCAUUGAACAAAUUAAUAUGUAUUUUGAUUUACUUAAAAAACAAAAAAAAAAGUGCUUGUAAAUUUCUUAGGGACCUGCCACUUUUGACUGUGGAUCAGUUGAUGUACACUUGUAUUAUUAAAGCACUCAAUAAAACACUGUGGCUGAUAAAUGCA